CUUUGGUGAUAUCUUCGUCUCCCCCUGUUGUCCAAAGUGAUUCAAUACAUCACUCUGGAAACUAAGACACUCCCUUUCUCUGUUAUUUGUAAGCUGACGUGAAGUAGACAGACACCUUCUGAAGUUUUAUGCAUGCUGUGUUUUUUCUUCUCGAUGCAACAGGAAAAGCCUUUCUUUUAACCUGGCUGCCUUUGAAGAAGUGACUCAGACAUCCUCAUGGCCUGUAAAGACGCACAGGACCAAAGAAGUAGAGGUCUGCCUGGCUUUCUUCCUGGAGCUUCAGCCCCUGACCGCAGCUUUCACCUCUCACAUCCCCACCCGGAGAACCAAGUGUGGCAGCCAGCUCUCCCUCGGCCAGGCAGUCUUCCUCCUGGGCUAGAAUAUUUAAGCCAGUUAGACCUGAUAAUUAUACACCAGCAGGUGGAGCUUCUUGGAAUGAUACUUGGCACUGAGACCUCCAACAAAUAUGAGAUUAAAAACAGUUUGGGACAAAGAAUUUACUUUGCAGUGGAAGAAAGCAUCUGCUUCAAUCGUACUUUCUGUUCCACACUUCGAGCUUGCACUCUGAAGGUCAUGGAUAACUCAGGUCGGGAGGUGAUUACAGUAAACAGGCCCUUGAGGUGUAAUAGCUGCUGGUGCCCUUGCUACCUGCAAGAGUUAGAAAUCCAAGCCCCUCCUGGUACUAUAGUUGGUUAUGUUGCACAGAAGUGGGACCCCUUUCUGCCUAAAUUCACAAUCCAAAAUGCAAACAAAGAAGAUAUUUUGAAAAUUGUUGGUCCUUGUGCAACAUGUGGCUGUUUUGGCGAUGUGGAUUUUGAGGUGAAGACCAUUAAUGAAAAACUUACAAUUGGGAAGAUUUCAAAGUACUGGUCAGGAUUUGUAAAUGAUGUCUUUACCAAUGCUGACAACUUCGGAAUUCAUGUUCCCGCAGAUCUAGAUGUGACAGUCAAAGCAGCAAUGAUUGGUGCUUGUUUUCUCUUUGAUUUUAUGUUCUUUGAACAUUCACUAGCUGGAUUAUAACAAGCGAGAUGACAAAAACGAUCAAGUAUGCAAGAACAUGUUUCAAAAUCCCUUGGGCUCUGGAUUUCAUUUCUCAAUGGUUUGCAAUAUUUGCUUUUUUUGUAACAAAUGUUAAUUAUUACAUUUAUUAAAGCAUAAUGUAAUGAAGCAAUUAUCUGGUUGUAAAUGCAUGUUAGCUAAAGAAAAGAUUACUGGCCUUACUGGCCUGAGCGCAGGAUUGCUUUGAGAGAUUGUCAUUCUUUCUUUUUAAUCCUUUUGAAGUUGUUGCAUGGGUAAGCAUGAAAGAUGAGAACUAAGGCUUGCAGCAUCACUGAUGAAAAUUCAAUGUUUAGAGAGCACUUUGAAGUUUUUCUGGUACUAAGGCUGGUUACUAAUCAAAAGGACUGGCUUUCCAAAAUAUUUUUUCAUUAAGUAGUCUUUGACUUUGUUUAUUAACCUUAUUGUAGUGAGAUAUUUUUACCUUAUAUCAGAAAGGCUAAAAGUUGGAUAAAUAAUAUGUUUAAAGAUGAGGAGGAAGAUAGAUGAAAUCAAUUUGUUCUAGUGGUAAGAAGCUAAUAUUUCCAGAAGGAAGCUAAAAUUUACAAACCAAAGCAUGGUGUAAACACAUACCCACACCAGAGAUUUAAACAAGCAUAUAAACAGACUUCUAAGUUAGUAAAAGCAGUAGUGUAGAGCAGGAAAUUUAUCUAUUACAGUGAAAGUUCAGUCAGAAAAGGAAUCUAGGGCUCUGAAAAAAAAGCACAAUUCCAGGACUUACUUAAAAAUAAGCAAAGAAAAAUAAAUAAAUAAAACCUUAAUACAUGCGGCAAAUGCAGAAGUCAGGGCACAUAGUUAAUUCAGUUAAUUAAUGCCUUCUAUUUUAACAUUUCGGAGUCCUCUAGGUAACUACAUCUAGUUACCCACUCUUUCCCAAAGCCCACACAAGAAGCUUUUAGAAUCUUUUUUUAGGAAUGACGAUAGUUCCUCCCUUUUCAAAAUGAGGAAACAAACUUGUUUUAAGCAAAGCACCAUGUAGCCAUCUGAAAUUAUAUAAAUACUACCCAAAUUAUACAAAUACUUUAGAAUUAUACAAAUACUACCCAAAUUUUUAACUACUGACAAAGGUGUUUAGACCAACUCCAAGCAAUCCUCUACUUGGUAGAGGAACUAUGUUCCAAGCAUCUGUAAACUAAGUUAAUUACUUGGGAUUAAGAAUCUAUCAUCUAGAAAUACUGUUGAAUGUGUUAGUUAAAUUCCCAAGAUAGCCCACAAAUAGCAAUUUAGUGCUAGGUUCUGGGGUAAGGGUUCUAGGUUGUAUUAAGAUGAAAAGGAAAAGAAUCACCUUUUUGAGUGCCCUCUCUGUUGGCAUGCCUCAGCAAACCAUAAAAAAUGGAUUAGUGGGGCAGAAUAGUUUAAGCAUUGACCACCAAAAAUAGAACCGUGCUUCCACAUCAUACCCAAUCUUUCUCCCAGUGGCCCCAUCCAUUCUUUCAGUGUAACGGGUGUGACCUGCAUGUUGGGAACAGUACAGUCACAGAAGCAAACGACAGUCCUGUGUGUGAGACAUUGUCUUCAGUCUAGCUCUGCUGUGUGGUAGCUAUGUAUCUUCACAUCUCUCCUGUAGUCUUUCUGAACCUUCUCACUUUCCCAUUUGCCACUUUGCAGAGCUACGGUGACAGUUAGGGGGACCUCAGUGUUUCCUCCUUUUCCCCUUUGUCUAUUCUAACUGACGUGUGUGUGACUUAUGGUCAGUCAUUCACAACCAGCUAAAGGAAGUGGCAUUUUAAUUUUUUUUAUUAUUUAUUUUUUGAGUGACAGGGUGCGAGCAGGGAAGGGGCAGAGAGAGCAGGGUAGACACAGAAUCUGAAGCAGGCUCCAGGCUGAGCUGUUAGCACAGAGCUCUACGUGGGGCCUGAACUCAGGAACUGUGAGAUCAUGACCUGAACUGAAGUCAGACGCUUAACUGACAGAGACACCCAGGAGCCCCAGGAAGUGGCAUUUUUAAAGCAGAUGCUUAUUAACUAAUAAAAUGUAGAAAAGUUGUUAGCAUUUUCUGAGGGCUUAUCACAUAUUAGGCAUGUGCUUCCUAUGAAUUCCUGGUCGAGGAACAAAAGGAAGUAAAAACACAGGAAUAUCAGGCAGUAUGUGGAAGACUGCCUGUGAUUCUAUCUUUUCCUCUCCCCGUUCUGCUCCAUGUCCCAAAUUUCCUCCUUCAAGGUGUACCUGCUUCAUAUUUUCUUCUUGUAUGUCUUGUACUUUUGAUUUCUAGAGUGGAAUACUUUCUAACUUGGUGUCACAACAGCAGCAUUUGAGAUUCUCAUGGUGGGAAAAAUGGGAGAAAAAUACUACUUAAAAAUACUACAUUUUAAUAUGACCAACAUUUCGAUUUAAAAAAUUAUUUAAAUGAACCCUAAAACUAGUAAAAAGUUUAAAACACCUACUUUUUUUUAUGAGCUGGUGGCUGUGCAUUAUUUUUGCUCUUUUUUUUAAAUAUAAUUUAUUGUUAAGUUGGCUAACAUACAGUGUAUACAGUGUGCUCUAGGUUUUGGGGGUAGAUUCCCAUGAUUCAUCACUUACAUACAACACCCAGAGCUCAUCCCAACAAGUACCCUCCUCAAUGCCCAUCAGCCAUUUCCCUCUCCCUCAUCCCCCAUCAACCCUCAGUAUGUUUUCUGUAUUUAAGAGUCUCUAUGGUUUGCCUCUCUCCCUCAGUUUGUAACUAUUUUUCCCCUUCCCUUCCCCCAAAGUCUUCUGUUAAGUUUCUCAAGUUCCACAUAUGAGUGAAAGCAUACGAUAUCUGUCUUUCUCUGACUGACUUAUUUCACUUAGCAUAAUACCUUCCAGUUCCAUCCACAUUGCUGCAAAUGGCCAGAUUUCAUUCUUUCUCAUUGCCAAGUAGUAUUCCAUUGUAUGUAUAAACCACAUCUUCUUUAUCCAUUCAUCAGUGGAUGGACAUUUAGGCUCUUUCCAUAAUUUGGCUAUUGUUGAAAGCGCUGCUAUAAACAUUGAGCUUUAACAUGCUAUGAACAUGUGCCCCUAUGAAUCAACACUGCUGUAUCCUUUGGAUAAAUUCCUAGUAGUGCUAUUGCUGGGUCAUAGGAUAGUUCUAUUUUUAAUUUUCUAAGGAAUCUCCACACUGUUUUCCAGAGUGACUGCACCAGUUUGCAUUCCCACCAACAGUGCAAGAGGGUUCUCUACAUUUCCUGAGUGGUUAAUUUUUGCCGCUCUGACUGGUAAAACACCUACUUCUAAUGGACACUCCCGAAAGAUAAAACUCCUUCUUAGAAUAUAGCACUUAUUUUAAAGUUGGCUAUAUUAAACAAAAACCUGUAGUACUUUGCUCCUGAAUUGCACACUACAACAAAUUAAGAUCCAUCCUUUCUCCUCUUCCUUACUACAGGUGAAAUUAAUCUUUACAUGUCUUCUGUGAUCUACUUUUCUUUUUUCUUUCCCACCAAACAGGAGUUCAUGAGAGGUGAGCGAGACUCUCUCACUUUUCAGUAAAAUAUUCAGUAAAAAGCAUAUAGCUCUAGAAUGAGUAAGAUCCCCUGUACAUCACAGUUUUCUGGUUUACUGACUCUUCUUGGCCCCACUACACUCUCAGAACACAGGCUCCAUCCCUGUUUAUUCUGAGAUGUACUAGGAAAGAUUUGACCAAAUUCAAAUGCCUCCCAUUUAUUCAUUCAUUCUUUCCUUAAGUUAAUAAAUAUUUAUUGACUCUCUCCAGUAUGCCAAAAAUACUGUAUCCCCCACUUUGGUGGAGCUUAGAGUUCCAAGAGAUCCUUAUUAAUCCAAUAAUGACACACAUCAAGGUUAGACUUUAACUACAAGUGUUUAUAGGAGAUGGACAAGGUGCCAAGUUCGGCAGAGGUAUUUGGCUUGGUCAGGUUGUGAGGGAGUAACUGUAGAUUUAAUAUAUGAACAAUAAGUGGAGCAGAAGGAGGAAUGUGUUUGGCUGAGCUCUGUGAUGGGGGAGGAUGAAGACAUGACAAUCUCAUGUGACAUAAAGAAGGCCAGUAACUAGAGUUCAGACAGUGAGGUGGAAUAUGGUAUGAGAUGGGAUGAAUAGGGCCUGUGGCCAUGUUAAAGAUUCUAGACUUUGUCUCAUCAGCAAAGCAUCUCAUAAAAGUUUAUAAGAAGAGAGUUAACUAUAAUUAAAGUUUAGAUUGGUAAGAGUAUAGGAAAGGAUGUUCAUUGACCAAUUAGUAGCUUAGGUGCAGUUAAUGGUAGCUUGGACAUGUGGCACUCAUGCAAAGGAAGAGAAGUGAGCAGAUUCGAGAUCCAUUAAGGAAUAAAAUCACCAUUACUUGAUGCUGGACUGAAAAUCAAGAUUUGAGGGAGAAAGGGAAUUCCCAGCCUAUCAGUAAAUGUACUGAUAGAAAAUUAGAGGAUGAUCUGGUUUAGGGAUAAAAAGCAUGGGUUCAGUUUCAAACAUACUGAUUUUAUAAUUCCUUUAAGUUUUCCAGACGAAGAUGUCAAAGAGGCAAGUGGGCAUCUUUUCAUCUAGUAUAUUUCUGAAGAGAGAGAUGAGUACAAAAGACCUAUAUGGACACACAGAGAUCUAAAUAAUCAUUGGUUCACUUCAAGGACAUGCCUAAAAAAUAUUCUAAAACAUGUACUGUCCAUGAGUUUAUUCAUUAAUUUAUUUAACUAGUAUCUUCUGGAAUUCCUUCUAUGUACUAGGCACUAUAUUAGGCAGUGGAGACAUUAUGCUAAGUGGCAACAAUUCCUACUCUAAAGAUGCAUUCACCAAAUAUUUAGGACAUUGGUAUUAUGUACAAGGCAUCUCUGUCAGUAUGAUGUUCCAGCAGUGAACAAAGCAACAGGGUGCUUGCCCUCUUGGAACUUGUAUUUUAAUACAGAUGGACAUUAACCAACAGGUAACAAAAAAUAUCACGUUAUCAUAGGUGAUCAUAAAUACUGAUCAAGAGUCCAUCCCUCAAUAUCUAAAACAAUAAGUUGAAUUUAUUGCUUACUCAGGCAAGGGAGAGCUGAGUUUGUAAGACAUAGUUUAUAAGCAAAGGAGAAAGCUUGCACAGGGUUUUUGGAAAAGUGAGAAGUGUAGAAGCUAGAGUGUUGACUUUAGCUAUGGAAACUAACUUACCAAAGUAAGACAGUUUCUGACUGGCUGACUGUCAGAGAUGUUCACUGGAGUACAGCUACGGCUGAUUACUGAUUUUUCAAAAGUAGAUUGCAGAGAAUGUUACUGAAUUUCUUUCAUACAUGUGUGCACUUUUGUAAUCAAUCACUGAUUAAACAAGUUUAAUACUGGUUUUGAUUGUUACCCAUUGCUAUGAUGAACAAUCAUUUUUCUUUUCAUGAAGAAAAGUACUUGAGAAUAAAUAAAUCGAGAAAAAUGGAGCUGCUGUUCCUUUGCAUUUGAGCAGAGAAAGGGGAAAAGGCAGCAGCAAUUCAUUAGAAUAUAUGGAAAAACAGAGUUCGUAGUUGAUGGAAAAGUGAGUUCCAGGCUCACCUGACUCUCCAAGUCAAGAGCCUGCUGGCAAGCUUGAGAAACACAGGAAGCCUGUGCAAAUGAGGUAUAAUAAACAAGAGAGAGGGAGGCAUGAGUUGCAGUAAGAAAAGUGGUCAGGGCUAGAUCAUAUAGAGUCUUGCAAGGUAAGGUAUGGAAGAGGAAUUAAAUAUGUUAAGAGGAAUUAACAAAACUGGGCACUUGAUUGGAUAAGAGAUGUAAGGGAUAUCAAGAACUCAAGGAAAAGCCCAUCUCUGUGCAGCCCCAGUCCCAUACCACUCACCAUAACCCAUACAAUACUACAGUGUUAAAGAACAUUAAAGAACGUAUGUCCAGGCACAAAAAGAGGAGACAGUCAAUACAUUUAGCGUGACAGAUUAGAGCCCUUAGAGAGAGGAUAACAAGUCAUGAGAUGAGUCUAUGUGUGUCCUCCCGGCCAGGUGGGGUCAAAGGCAGAAGUGUACACCUAGGAGAACAUUCCAAGCCAAGAGCAAACUGCCUGGCUGGCUCAGUGGGAGGAGCAUGUAUGUAACUCUUGAUCUCGGGGUUGUGAGUUUGAGCCCCACACCGGGUGUGGAGUCUACUUAAAAAAGGAAAAAAAAAAAUGCCAAGCCAAGAGCACAGCACAAGACACAGAAGUGAGAAACACUGUAAUUAUCACCAAGAAUGAAGAGGCCCCAUGAGUUCAGGAUGCACCUAAUGAAUUUAGACUCUUCUGAGCAAUGAGGCCACCCUUCUCCCCUCAGCUGCACCAUAGGUGUUCCUCCAAUAGUAGUGCUACAUCAUGAUUCAAAAAAUAGCUUCUCCUGGAUGCAUCUUGUCUAUACUGGACCAAAGCAUCCUCUAUAGGCUUUGAAAAUUAUUUACAAACUAGACUGAACUCAAACGGAGUCUGGGUGAAACAACAGGUACUGAAAAAAAAAAAAACACACGCGCACACACACAACACACACACACACACACACACACACACACACACACUUUUUAAUAUCCUUCCUUAUCCAUAAUAUCCUGGAGGAAAGGAAUUAACACUCAUUAGACAAGUCACCCAAAUUUCCCUACAAAAGAGGGGUUUUGAUCGAUGAUAUGAAGAAUCAGAGUCUAGCCCAGCAGCAUAUGUAGCAGUUCACUAAAAUACUAAUUCAUUGAGGCUUAUAUACAUUUCUUUUAGAUUUGUUGUUUGCUAUCAAAAUGUGAACAUAGGAAAUAAUAUAAAAUAUUAAUACUUCACAACUUACUCUUAUUUUAACAGUUCUGACAUAGUCUCUUUAAUUGUUAAAGUUAUGGGGAAAAGAAACUAUUGUUGACAAUAUUUUGAGAUUUUGAGUUAUCAAGUUCAGCAAUUUUUCCUUCAUUUAAACUUUUAUUUUUUUCUUCCAACAUUUUGGUUUGGAACUAUCUCAAAAAGAAAAAGCCUUUUUAAUAAAAAUUCUCUAAAUGCAAAUGGAUUUCGUUUAUUUCUUAUGCUACGACAUUUUUUGUCAUAAAAACAUGUGAGCAUUGUAUCUAGUGACCUGUGUUGUAGUUUAUCCAACUGUGUAGGUGUUCAAUGAGGCAUCA